UAGUCGCUUGGAAAACUGAGCUGCAGAUCUACGUCUAAGACUAAGGCUAAGAUGAGCGAACUCAUACGACGCGUUGUGCUUCUGGCAUUGCUUGUUUGCCUAGUUCGAGGCGAUGAUCCCUUUCUGACUGAGCCGCCAGAUUACAUUAAAGAAUGUAAAAUAGCCGAUAAGAAUUUCGUCAACUGCUCCACGCAAAGCAUUCAACAGCUCUUCGACAAACUAAACGAUGGAAUUCCGGGUCUGACAAGUAUCAAGAGCUUUGAUCCCUUCCACUUGAACCGAAUACGAAUAUCCCAGGGCAAUAGCAAUGCGAUCAAUCUAAAGGUCGAGCUGGCUAAUAUAAAGAUCUUUGGAUUUGGUCACACCAAAGUGCUAGAGAGCCUUGUUUUCAAGAAGGACUACAGCUGGAAGACCACAUUCACGUUGCCGGUAAUGAAGCUUCAAGGCGAUUAUAGUUUGUUUGGGCGUAUUUUGCUCAUACCUCUAAAUGGACACGGCCAGGUCUUUUUAGAUGCAGAGAACAUGACUGUUACUAUGCACACCAAGACGCGACUGUACUCAAAGGGCGGCUUCACCUUUUACAAUGUGACCAACUGCCGCGUAGACUUCAAGAUGGAUGGCUUGAAAUCAUACUUCUCCAAUCUGUUCAACGGCAACAAGCAAUUGGAGGACAGCACCAACAAGUUCUUCAAUGAUAACUGGCGAAUGCUGGCAGAUGCUCUUUACACAGUUAUCACGCAGACCAUAGAGGACAUUCUGCUCGAUGUUCUGAAGAAGAUUUUCCACUUCAUACCAGCGAAUUACUUUGUCAGCGACAUUCCCACUCCGGAGCAGCUUUAUGGUAAAACGAAGCCGAAACCAAAAUAAACAUAAUUAAACAACUGCG